CGAUUCUCGAGGCGGCUUGUGGCUUUGACCUCAAGGAAGCAGUGGCGGCCGCCGUGAGUUUGGCCGGCGCCCUUCUCGGCCUUGGCGAAAUGAGUCGCGCGUCGACACUGCUGCGACGCCUCGCGGCAAGUAGCGAGCGCACACUCGGUGCAGAGCACGCCGGUACGAUCGUCAUCCGGCUUAACUGCGCGAUCGUCGAGCUUCUCGCGGGCAACAUCCGGGCGGCAACGGCGCAGUUCAUGGCGCUUCAAGCUGUCCUCCACGACCAGCCGCGGCUCGCCGGGUACCAGCACUACGUCGAUCAUCACUUGGGGCUGGCGCACUGGGUCAACUUGCAGUACGACGACGCGGUCGCACACUACCUCACCGCCUUAACAGCGUGUUCCAACAAAGAGAACGCGUGGUCGCUCUUUCGCGUGGUCAUUGCCGCCCCACCGACGGCGGUGGUUCGCGACGCGCUCGCUCGCAUCCGCAGCUACGUGAUGUCGACGGACGAUGCUGAAGCGGAGACGUGGCCCGUGAGCUGCAUGACGUGCUACACGCCGAUCGUCGGACGCCUCGUAGCGUGUUCUGCGUGUCCCAACGGUCUCGUUGCAUUUUGCUCGACCUGUCUCGAGCGCCGUCCGACGCGCCUGGCAAAGUUCUGUGCGCACGACGCAGAAGCCACUGCCUUUCAAACGACGUUGCCGCCCCACCGCUACUUUCUCGAAGACGCGCUACUGUCGCAAACUGCUUCGUACGCAGAUCUGGACGCCGUCUUUGGCACAUAUGAACAGCACUGCGACGCGUACAAGGUCUCGAGUGCGGACCGACUGCGUCGGACGGCGAUACCGGGCUACAACCACUGCUGGCACCCAAUGCUCUGAGCAAC